GGUUGCUCUCUUGCAUGUUGUAAUAUGUCUAUAAAUCAAGUAUGUUGUCAUCAUGUGAAUUUAGAGAAAUGCAUUUUCAGGGUUUUAUUUGAUGCUUAAAUGAAAUCCCAUGUCUUUGUAAUGUGUGAUUCAGAAAUCCGUGCUUCUGGUUAUGAACCUCUUUAUUUUGCAAUAGCCAUACCAGCCCAAGCUUUUUAUUUUAUUUUUUAUCUGUCCAUCCAGUCUAGUUCAUCAGACACACUUUCUUUCCUUCUUCUUUCCCAACACGUACGCGCAGCACAACCUGUCAACCACUAUCACCAACCGUCAUCUCUCCUCUCUCAGCCCAGCACCCCGCAACAGCUCUGUUUUCCUCUUCUCUCAUUGACCCAUCUUCUCCUUUUUCCUGACAAUUUUAGGUUUGAAGUUAUUACCAUUUGGAAGUAACACUUCCUGUUUGUUAGUGAAAGAUUAGCGUUGAAGAAAGAUGCUAAGGAGAAGGCUUUCUGUUCUCUCGGCUUCAAUCAUCAGAAGUUCGACUCACAACAAAUCUGUUUUCGGAUACCCGUCUAUCCAAUUUCAUCCCUUGCAGCUCCCUCACUCUCUCAACGUUCGUGCCACAUUUAAUCCCAAUGCUCACCCAGAUUUUCAAGGUUUUAGAGCUUACAGUCUUCUGGCCUUGAAUGAUCUGAGAGAUAAUGUUCCCCGAAAACAGAAGACAAGGAAAGGUCGUGGUAUUGGAUCUGGAAAGGGAAAGACUGCUGGGAGGGGUCACAAAGGCCAGAGAGCCAGGAAAGGUUCAAAGUUGGGGUUCGAAGGAGGCCAAACCCCUCUUCGUCGUAGGAUGCCUAAACGUGGUUUCAAGAACCCAUUUAGCCUCACUUUUCAGCCAAUAGGUUUGGGAAAAAUUGCAACGUUUAUCAAUGCAGGCAAGAUAGAUUCUUCUGAAUUGAUCACAAUGAAAACACUCAAGGAUGCAGGGGUACUUGGGAAGCAAAUUAAAGAUGGAGUACGAUUGAUGGGGCGUGGUUCUGAGAAGAUCCAAUGGCCAAUUCAUCUUGAGGUAACAAGGGUCACUGUCAGGGCCAAGGAAGCAGUUGAAGCGGCUGGUGGGUCCGUCAGAAAGGUCUAUUACAAUAAGUUAGGCUUUCGGGCACUGUUAAAGCCCGAGUGGUUUGAGAAGAAAGGAAGAUUGUUGCCUAAAGCAGCUAGACCUCCUCCAAAGCAAAAGGAUAGAGUUGAUAGUAUUGGACGGCUGCCUGCCCCGAAGAAGCCAAUUCCAUUUUUAGUUGAAGGAAUCAAAGAUCUUCCAGUAGGUCAGCUCAGUUAAAUAACUAACAUGUUUAGUACUCUUUUUUGCUGGAAUUUGUAAUUUUUUGUAAGCGGUUUGCUCUAAAGGUUUUUAUACAGGCUCUCACGAUGUCUCGGUAGUUCAUUCCUAAUAGAUAAAUUAAUUUCAUUUGGGACAAAUGAAAUGAGGAAAUCUUGUUUUUUAUGUAAUUUCUUUUCAAGAAACUAGUGUUGAUCACUCAGCUGAACAGAACUAAUUUUUGUGUGUGCUGGGAGGAUGAUGCUGGCCUCUUCAAUAAUGAAAAAUGGCUAGAACUAUUUCACCUUUCUUUUUA